AGACGAUCUUUGCUGAAAGGUGGUUGCAGAAGUUGUCAGAAGCAGGCGAGAGUGCACGAGAACGGGAACUGUUGUGGAUUACCCACCCCACACAUACCGAGCAGGGAAGGACGGGAUUGUCCGAGAAACUUUUUAAAAAUAAAAUAAGAAAAAGACAACCGUUCAGUUGGACACGGUUGGCAGCUCCAAGGGGAAAAGUUUCCCGGGAUUUAAGUUCACAGAGGAGCGCCGGAGUUUGCCGUCCUUUCCCGGAGGACUCACAAGCGGAGACACGUUCAGGUCUGCUGCUGAGCCAUGCUAGUAAAUAUUUUCCUCUUAUGCUGAGCCGCCUUGUGGGACAGUCGGAGGCAUCAUGGCGGAUCUGCCCAUCGCGCCGGGCGAGGUCUACAUCGAAGUCGAGUACGACUAUGAGUACAAGUCCAAGGACCGUGUCAUCACUAUUCGGGAAGGGGAAUGUUACAUGCUGAUCAAGAAAUCUAACGAGGACUGGUGGCAGGUGAGGAAAGACGAAACCGCAAAGCCGUUUUACGUACCGGCUCAGUAUGUGCGUGAGGUGCGGAAAGCCCUCAUGCCGCCACCUAAACCCAUCUCACACUCCCACACUGCAUCUGGAAACUCCAACCCGCGCAGCGCUGCUGCCCUCUGGGUGAAACCAACCACUCUGGACCUGGGGAACCAAGUCACUGACGCCCUUCACCGACAUGAGUCCAAAGCCCGGCGCUCUCCUUCCGCACAAACUGCCUCUUCAUCCCACUUCAGUCCCCCGAUCCACCGCAGGAACAGUAACCACCACCACACUCCCAGUACGCCCACCGAGCAGGAGCGCUGUCUUGCAGAAAUCCUUGUUCAGGGCGGCUUCCCCCAAAAAGGCUCGUCCAGCACCCUGCCUCGCACCCGGGCCCGGUCGCCGGACUCGCUUAAGGUGCCGCCGGACGUCACGCAGCACUGCGACUCGGCAGGAGAGGAGAGACGCACCAACGACUCAGAGUCGGGAGAUGAACUGAGCAGCUCUUCGACUGAACAUCUCCAGACUGGAUCUACGUCGGGCCAAGGCGUCUCCGAAUCUCCGGUCUACACCAACCUCCAGGAGCUGAAAAUCAGCAAAAAGAGCCAACCGCCCCUGCCGUCCGGCUCGCCUCUUCACGUCACCGGCGACUGGGAGACGUACACGGACCACAGCGGCAGACAUUACUACUGCAACCGAUCCACCCACGAGAGGACCUGGAAACCCCCGCGGACCAAAGAUGGCGUUGUCGGGAAUGACAAACACAGCGCUGGGGAAAGCUCUGAGACUACUCCUCUCUCGCUCUCGCCAUCUUUCCUUCCCUUCCUGUCGCUGUCCGUCGGAGGACUCCAGCCUCUGUCCUCAGAGGACGCCUGCUUCAGCACCUACUCUAGCCAGUUGGACAGCCUGUAUGGCUCGCCGCUGAGCGGCUGGUCAGAGGAGAUGGACGAACACGGACACACGCUGUACGUCAGCGACUAUACGAACGAGAAGUGGUUAAAACAUGUCGAUGACCAGGGAAGGCCUUAUUACUACAGCGCUGACGGCUCCAGGUCAGAAUGGGAGCUGCCGAAGUACAACCUGUCGCCACCUCAGCCGGCCGGAGACGGACCGAAGAGCCGCAGUUUGGACCGGAACAACGUCGAGCCCAUCGUCUUGACAAAAUGGAGGCACAGCGCCUACGUCCUGGAGUCGAACGAAAAGCAGCUGUUAAAAAGCAGGCGGGCCCGCUCGGCCCGCUCCGGUUCUGCUCGCCAACACCCGUACAAACAGCAAGAAGCUCCUCAGAUCCCCAAGUCUUCCUCUUCUGACCCUGAUCUGAGCCCUACGUCUCCCCCCGCCUCUCCGUCUGAAAAGUGUGGCGUUCUGAACGUGACGAAGAUCACUGAGAACGGGAAGAGAGUGCGGAAGAACUGGACGUCCUCGUGGACAGUCCUGCAAGGUUCAUCACUGCUGUUCGCCAAAGGACAGGGAGGCGGAACGAGCUGGUUUGGUGGCAGUCAGUCCAAACCAGAGUUCACUGUGGAUCUGAGGGGAGCGUCAGUGGAAUGGGCCCCAAAGGACAAAUCCAGCAAGAAGCACGUUUUAGAGCUGAAGAUCCGUCAGGGCACGGAGCUGCUGCUCUGGUCUGAAAACGACACCGUGGUGAACGAGUGGCUCAGAGCUCUGCAGGAAGCCAUCAGCGCACAUGCCUGGGAGUCCGACGAGGCCAUCGAGGAGGACAUGCCCGAGUCCCCUGGCGUGGAGAAGCUCGAAAAGGACAAAGACCACAGACCCCCCAAGAAAGACAAAGCCAUGAAGCCGGCGGCCAACGUUGAGGCCACCGACACCAAGAAGACCCGACACAAGCUGAAGAAGCUGCUGAGCCGUCGGCCCACCAUGCAGUCCGUCAGGGACAAGGGAUACAUCAAAGAUCAGGUUUUCGGCUGCAGUCUGUCCAGCUUGUGUCAGCAGGAGAACACCACGGUGCCGAACUUCGUCAGGAUGUGCAUCGAUCACGUGGAGAACAAUGGUCUGUAUGUAGACGGGCUGUAUAGAGUUAGCGGGAAUCUGGCGAUCAUACAGAAGCUGCGAUUUGCUGUCUGUCAUGAUGAGAAGUUGAGCCUCUCGGACUCGAAGUGGGAGGACAUCCAUGUGACGACCGGAGCUCUGAAGAUGUUUUUCAGGGAGCUGCCCGAGCCGCUCUUCACCUACGCUCUGUUCCACGACUUCGUCACCGCCAUCAAAAUCUCGGACUACAGGCAGCGGGUGCAGGCCAUCAAAGAGCUGGUGCGGCAGCUGCCCAGGCCCAACCACGACACCAUGCAGGCUCUCUUCAAACACCUCAGGAAAGUGAUCGAUCAUGGUGAGGAAAACCGCAUGACCACUCAGAGCGUGGCCAUCGUCUUCGGUCCCACGCUGCUGCGGCCCGAAACGGAGACCCUGAACAUGGCUUUCAACAUGGUUUACCAGAACCAGAUAGUGGAGCUCAUAUUGCUGGAGUAUGAGAACAUUUUUGGCAGGUAGAUGCCAGAAUCGUUUCUCCUAAUGCAGAGCUCUUCCCAACCCGGCGUCGCUGCUCACUGCAAAACAUCGCAGAGCGACCAACCGACUGACCGUGUUCCUUCAGAGAAACGACCAAAUAAACUUUUGACUCUUUGCACUUUUCAGUAUCUCACUUUGUCCUGCAGCUGCAUUUGUGCCACUUCACUUCGAAGGCGACGUCUUCCUAGUCCCGUCACUGGAUUUCUUCUUAAUGUGCAACAAACUGCACAGGCUGAGCGUAAAAGGAGGAAGCAGCUUAAGUUGACUGUAUUACAGAUGAGGCGUCAGUGUUGGAGAUGUACGAUGCUGAACGGGAUCUGUACGCGCUGCGCUGUAAAUCUCAUCACUUAUACUCACUCCUGUCAUGAAUCAAAACCAGACGGUGGUUUCACCUCAGCUUGGCUUUAGAUGUUUAUCAAAUUAAGCAGAAAUAAACCAGAAAGUGAUGGAGUGGGGAGAACAUUUUUUGGCUGUUUUUAUUGUAUUUUUUUUAUUAUUAUUUUUGAAGGUUUUUUGUCUCUUUUAUUUCCCCCUGAAUGUGCUUCUCUUUAUGCUCCUGAGAAACAGAAGAAAGAAUGUUCUCUGUAUUAAAUCUGUUAGAAGAAAUCAUCUCACACUACAAAAACACAAAUUCUAAACUAUUUUUGUCUCCUUUCUUUUGCAAGUCUCUUAGUACACUUAAAAUAAGACAAAA